AUGGAGGCAAUUGCCGGUCCUGCAGAAGAGAGCGAGUGGACCCUGGAGGAUAUCAAUAUGAGCCAUGGCGAUAGGCUUAGAUAUGUCGCCAUGCCUAACGACGAGUACGCCGCCUUCUUAGAAUGGCGAGAAUCUCAGAAAGAGCAGCAUUGCACUCUCAUAAACUAUGUGGAAUACAGAUCCAUGGUCUAUUCAACUAAGGCUAGGGGCUUGAUGGAAUGGAUGGAGGCUAUUCCGAAACACAGGAAACUCGGGAACUUUGACAUCAACGCAGUACCACUUUGGAGAUGCUGGUCCACCUCUAACGAUAGAAAGAUUACCGAAAUGGAGGUUCCAGCUGAGAAGGCGCAGCAGCAUCAGGUUGCAUGCUUUAGCUGCCGUGCAUCGAGGCAGAAGUGCGAUCGCCAGGAUCCUUGCAAACCAGAUAGUGUAGAAAAGCUCCUCGCUCGCAUCGAAGAAAGCGGUGCUCGCGAGGAAGUCCUCACAGCUCUUCUAGGUCAAACUCUUCCCAGUCCAAAUACAACAGUGUCUAUAAGAGGAACGCCGUGGACACAUGGACAGGGUACUGAUUCAGCGCCUGAACAUGACCAUGACACGAGUCAAUCGUCGCAUUCUGUCACUAAUCGACGUUCAGUCAGUUAUGACGAGGGUGAUGAUGCUGAUGGCUUGGUCUCACCCAUAACUAUGGUCACUGCUGCUAUUUCGAUGAGUUCCUCUGCGGCUUGCGACAGACUGAGAUCUCAGAUGCCGAUGCAGCCGGGUCUGCGUGAAGCUAUCAUGGCACCAAUAAAAGAAAGACUCGCUUUGUAUUUUGCUUCACAUAGAGCCCAGCAAAAAGAUUGGGAGGUUCUUGCAACCCAAGCAGUUGACUCUCCUUUCAAGUUGGAGAGAGGUACUUGCGAUCCUCUUGCUUCAAGGUUGAUCGAUGAUAACGACGCUUCACUAUACUUCCAACUAUGGUGUAUCGCCGCGUCGGUAAAAUCCCUCUCAACUAUCCAAGCCAUUAUCGCUUUCCAAUACUGGGCCCCUCUCGCCGCAAGGCAAGCAGAUGAUCCAUACUGGCUAACACUAAGCCACGCUGUUCAGUUAGCCAAAGAGAUUGGAAUUAACAGAUCAGACGUUGUGAAAGAAUAUGUCAACGCAGAAUUUCCGAAUGCUUCGCCAGAGCUGACCGAUAGGUAUGCCAGAAACUAUGAGAGAGCGUGGCUAUAUACCUUUAUCGUAGAUAAAGGCUUCGGGGCCCUGAAUGGCCGCUUGCAGUGUAUGAGCUGGAAGGCAGUACCCCGUACUGCAGUAGAUUGGUGGAAAUCACCUAUGGCAGAACCAACAGAUCGUAUCAUCAGUGGAGUGAUUGAGAUUAGGGGAUUAUUGCUACAGGCUAUGGAGAAGCGGAGACAUAUAGUAUCGACACCAGCUUCAAUCCUAGAGUGGCACAGAGAAGCUUACGACCGCCUAACCCGCGUCCGCGACGAACGCUGUCAACCCGAUGACCAGCCAUCUUCGAAAUAUCUCCCUAUUCUUGCUUUCUAUAUGGAUCACAGUAUUCUAGUCUUUAACGCUCAGGCUUUGCGAGACUUGACCGCCUCUGAGGAUAGUGCGACAGCAUCAGCACUUUUGAUCAUCCAGAGAAAGAACAUUGAAGUUGCUGGUCGGAUGUUUGACCAUUUGAUAACAGACAAAACAAUGAACGACGUCUCAGUUGGCUUUCAGAAUAACCAAUUCAUUAUGAUCUGUCACGCUAUGACUGAGAUACUUCGGGUUAGUCUCUUCAUUUCUUGA